AAAUCUAUAUCAAUUUUGAGAGCCCCUUUAGGUCGAUUUGGUCCCAUACGUUUAGUCAACGUCAUUGAGCUUGAGGAAUGCGAGUGCCGAGCGCACGGCGCUUCUUGACGGCACUAUGCGUGCUACUGCUAGCCGGUAAGGGCGCUCAAAGGCUUCGCCUGGUUGUCGCGUCGGUGCUGGCAAAGUUUCGCGUCCUCACGGCGGAUGAGGCGUCCGCUUCGCCGUCCUGGAGACUUUUCAGCACCUUCCUAGGCGAUCUGAGGGACCAUCGCGUCGGUAAAGUGCUGCUAGCGGGAGAUCACUGCAUCGUGCAGGCUAAAGACGGUGUCGACACGUACAAAGUGCUGGUGCCACCAAGGACAGAGAAUACAUACAUUCUCGAUGCGUUAGUGCGCUCAGGAGUGGAAUUUGGCUCCGCAUCGCCGUCCACAUCCAGCAAAUUGAUGCCGGUAGCAAUUGCUCUGAUGCCCUUCCUAUACUUAGGACUCACGUACAAGAUGCUCCGUGGAUUGUACGGCUCUGACGCUGGAGCAGUGGGCAAAGAUGGCACCAAGAAGGUUCGCAAACAGCAACAUACUGAGCGGAUCUCGUUCGACGAUGUGGCAGGCAUCGACGGCGCCAGGAAGGAGUUGGAGGAAGUCGUAGAUUUCCUAAGACACCCGGCCAGAUACCAGGCCAUUGGAGCUAAAGUUCCUAAAGGCGUUCUACUAUGCGGACCUUCAGGAACUGGCAAGACGCUGCUGGCUCGAGCUGUGGCUUCAGAGGCUGGCGUGGCGUUCCUGUUCUGCUCAGCAUCGGACUUUGUCGAGAUGCUGGUGGGCCGAGGGGCUGCUCGAGUGAGAGACUUGUUCACACAAGCCUCACAAUACCCACAAUGCAUCAUUUUUAUUGAUGAAAUCGAUGCUUUGGCUAAAGCACGGGGUGGACUUAACUCGAACGAUGAGAGGGAGCAGACAUUGAACCAGUUAUUAACCGAGAUGGACGGGUUUGAAGGGAAUGUCAAUGGAGUUAUCGUGAUAGCCGCUACGAACCGUCCGGAGGUGCUGGAUUUAGCGUUAUGUCGACCUGGACGCUUUGAUCGCCAUGUGUAUGUGGGUCUGCCGGAUGCUAAGGGACGUGAGGAGAUUCUAGAAGUGCAUUGCCGUAACGUGAAGCUUGAUAGUGAAGUGGAUCUGUCUGUCAUUGCAGAGGAGUGUGGACCGUUGGGUCAACGCUCGGGAGCUCAGCUUGCAAGCCUUGUCAAUGAAGCUGCGUUGCUGGCGGUACGUCACGGGGAUACAAGUAUCAAGUACGAGCACUUUGAACAGGCCAUGAACCGCGCCUUCGCCUCGCAGACGCGCAGCAUUGCUGGGUCCUCUUUCGAGUUCACAAUGGAGGAAGUCUCUUAAGUUGUAGGAAUGCGCUUUAUAAAGCGGUCAAGACAGCUUCUGUUAUAUUUUAACAACGAAACGCUGCAUGCUCGUACCAAUGCGAGCUGGAAAACUAAACGACACACAUUGCUCCACUUACACGACGCGAUAACUGCAUUUACUUGAAGCUGUAGCGAUCUCUGACGCUCUCGUACCCGCGACGCAGCAUCCAGCCGUCAAUAUCCGUGACAGUCAUCGAGCUACCAGCCAUCAUAAUCGCAGGACCCAUAUCCUUCGAAGGCUUCUCAGCGUCCGAGUAGAAGUCAGGAAGUCCAAAACCGUGGCCAAUUUCGUGGCAUACAAUGUGAAGAAUCUCCUGGUCAAGAGUCUGCAGCAUGUUUUCGAGGUUGACUUCCUGUCCCCAAUCGUAACCAAAACCUCCUUCGAGGCCCUGCUUCGGCCAUAACGACAAAUCGAAUGGCUCACCCUUGCAUGCGCUC